AUGCCCCGCAACCGAUAUGGGGAUUAUGUUGAACCUUACAACAACACCAAUGGAUACAACGAAGGAGGUUAUAUCCCUCCACCGCCUAUUAAUGAGGUUGAAGAUUUCGAUGCAAGUAGAUCACAAAAAAGUACAAAAUAUGGAGCCCAGAAUUACUCGUUAUCACAAUUUCCAACAAAUACACGAAGUGGGAUACCUUCCUCUAGAUUGGCCCCUGAGAGCCAGGCUGAAAAGCAAAUUGGCGAGGUCCUAGAGCACCUCAAGAGAGAAUGGCCCGCGAUGUGUCAGACUGAGUGUGUACCUGUUCACAUUGCUCUUCAGCUCCUUGAUACAAGCUCCGUUGGUAGAGCUCAUGAGUACCCAAAGUUUGAACAGACGCAUAAUUACCUACAGGAGUCUCUCAAAGCCAUUGUACAUGAACAUCACCAAGGAUUCAAUAGCUCAAUCGGUACCUUUCAUAAGAUUCAAACAAGCCUCCAGGCUACUCAAAAACGCGUUCAACACCUGAAAGAUUCUAUGAACCAUGCGAAGGUCAGCAUCGCCUCUACUGAUCCCGAGUUGAAAAAUUUGGCCUUGGCAUCUCAAAAUUACAAUGAUCUCAUACAUAUUUUAUCAGAAAUUGAAGAAUUAAGACAGGUAUCAGAUCAACUUGAGGCAAGAAUUUCAGAUAAAAGGUUCAUAGCUGCCGUAGAUAUGCUGCAAAUGGCCUUACGACGUAUAAGAACGCCUGCCCUAGACGAGAUUGGUGCAUUAAGUGAUCUUCGAAGCUACUUUAGCAACCAAGAGACAGCCCUAACCGACAUAUUGAUCGAGGAAUUACAUGAUCAUUUAUACUUGAAAUCGCCUUACUGUCAGGAACGGUGGCAGGCGAUAGCUAAAUACCAGGGAACGCCCAACAAGAUUAAGGCAGAAAAACUAGUAGCUGUACGACCAUUUUAUGAGAUACUAGAUACUAUUCAUUUGUCAGAGGUGAUAAUGGAAGAUCCAUCCAGGAAUCCAGAAACUGAUACCUUCUAUUACAUUCAAAUUCUUGUUGAAUCUUUGAAUAAGCUUGGGCGCUUGGAAUAUACUGUAAAUAUAAUCAAACAGAGGCUACCCGUUGAAUUAUUAGGUAUUCUUAAUGAAACUAAUAGCGAAGUCGAUCAAAAGCACCCCAUUUCUUUGCGAGGAAAUCUAGCGCCCUCAUCGAGUAAUCAGCCUUUUAGUGAUCGAGAAAAUGGACUCAGGGCAGGUAUUAUUCACGACCUUCUGUGGACGCUAUAUGCUAAAUUCGAGGCUACUGCUGAGAAUCAUCGAGUCUUUCAUGAAGCAGUUAAAACGAUCGCAAGAAGAGAAGGAAGUCGAACCUCGUCAAUACUUCUUGGUGGAUUUCGGGAACUUUUAAAUUUGUAUCAAAAUGAGAUCCAGUCGCUAUUGCAUAACUAUGUAACAACAGAUGCAGAUAUAUACCAAUUUACUUCAUCUAGAUCUGGACCAACGAAACGCGAGCCAACUAAAGAUAAAUUAUUUAAAUUCUCGGAAACAGACAAUAAAUCUAUACAAAUGACAACAGAGUAUCAAGAACUGGAGGUGAUAAUAAAAUCAGCUGUACCAGGCUUACUAUCUGGUGGAAAAAAUGGGACCGACGGCAAAAAAGUACCUAAUAGAACUGAUAAAAGUCUCAGAGGAAGCUCGAUAAGACCAAUAUUAAACGCCUCUGGAUAUGAAAAUAAAGCUGGUGCCACGGGAUCCUACAAAUCUCUUAUCGAGCCUAGUAUUUUCAAUAUGAGCUUGCUGCUGCCUCCGACACUUGUAUUCCUACAUCGGCUCAAGACAAUUGUCCCCCCUGGCUCAGACCUCGCUACAAGCACUCUAACCUCCUUUCUGGAUAAUUUUUUGGUGAAUGUCUUUCUUCCACAAUUAGAUGAGACGUUAGGAAAGCUUAGCGACUCGUUACUUGAAGAAUCUGAUGCUUUCCAGCAAGACCCACUUUGGAGUAAUGUCUCACGCCAGCCUAUAUUCAAGGGUACAGUAGCCUUUUUUAAUAUAAUAACAGCGUUCUGUAAAAUGUUGAACGCUAUUCCCCACGAUCAAGCCCUCAGUCAGCUUAUUAUAACACAAAUGGGAAGAUACUAUGACCACUUCUAUGAAUGGUUCAAGUCUUUGACCUCCAAGGUUAGGGACUCCGAGGAUUCAUCGCUGAAGUUGUCUGCAAAUUUAGCAACUACUCCAGGUGAAUUUUGUCUGAUAUUACAAAGACUAUGGGCUCUUGAACAAACAUCUGAACAGAAUCAUGGAAGUCUGUUUGAGCAAGAGAUUGCUCAUUUAUUUAAAAAAACGAAUGAGACACCCAUCCAGCUGGAUGAUAUCAUUCUAGAUCGGGAGGUUAUAUCAUCUUUGUGUUUAUUUUACACAAGUAUGAGAUGGCUUGCAGUCAAGAUUAAACAACUCCGUCAUAUCACAAAUAACAACGUUGACUCCUCACGCUGUGCUACUAAAAGGCCGAUAACUAGAAGAUGGUCCAUUUCAGAUGGAAAAUCAAAGGAACCCUGCGAUAAAAUUAACAUCUGUCUCCCAAUGACUCACGAGACAGUGAGCAGUGGAUUCGAUGCAAUAGUCUCCUCGUAUGAGAAGCUUGCCGGAACAAUAAUCCUAACUCUGCGCACAGAGAUCAGAUGUCAAGUGAUUUACUGCCUUGCGACCACUUUGUCACCUAAAACCGCAGCGCCUCAUCUCCUCGAGCAAGCGGUUAAUGAGCCGGACCCUAAAAUAUUAUCACUCAAUUCAGAUCUCGUCGCUUAUGACGAAAUAAUUGUAAAACUACUGCGAGUUAGGGAAGCUUGCUUCAUUCGCAAAGGCCUUGGUCUGCUUGUAGAUAACUUUCUGGUCACAAACGCCGGUAUGGUAAAAGCCAUGAACUCAUUUGGUUGUGGAAGAAUGCAGCUGAAUAUACUGGUCCUACAACAAAAUCUGAAGGCGAUUGAACCAGAAACUAAUCUCAAUCGUGCCACUGCAUUCUUCAACCUCUUUAUCGGAGGUCCAGAUGCGGUCAUAAGGCACGCUAAAAAUGAGAAAGAAAAGGAGAACACUACAAAAAAGCUUUUCAGUUAUGAAGAGCUCAAGACACUCAUUGAACUUUGCUAUAGUCAGCAAAUUUCGAGUUCUGACCGAGGAUCCCACACGAUAGCCAGGCGAGCAAUGGGAGAUCAUAUGUUACAACUAACUGAGUACCUUUGGGAAAGUUAA